CUUGCAAAGCUGAGCUGCCUCAGAAGGGACCACGCUGCUGGCUCUGAGAGCAGUGACACUGCCCACUCUGCUCCAUCUCUGCUCCAGGGAAACAGCUCCUGCCUUUAUCUGCUCACCUGUGGGUGGGACUUGGGCAGGAAUAUUGGCUUGGGUGCAGGGUGGAGAGCGUGGAAAGGUGGUUUGAAGACAAGGAGCUGCCUGUGGGUGCCAGAGCCUGGCAUCCUGAACACCUGAGCCUGAUAUCCUGAACAUCUGAGCCUGAUAUCCUGAUCACCUGAGCCUGGCAUCCUGAACACCUGAGCCUGGCAUCCUGAACAUCUGAGCCUGACAUCCUGAACACCUGAGCCUGAUAUCCUGAACAUCUGAGCCUGGCAUCCUGAACACCUGAGCCUGAUAUCCUGAUCACCUAAACCUGAUAUCCUGAACACCUGAGCCUGGCAUCCUGAAAAUCUGAGCCUGGCAUCCUGAAAAUCUGAGCCUGGCAUCCUGAACACCUGAGCCUGGCAUCCUGAAAAUCUGAGCCUGGCAUCCUGAACAUCUGAGCCUGGCAUCCUGAACACCUGAGCCUGAUAUCCUGAACAUCUGAGCCUGAUAUCCUGAACAUCUGAACCUGAUAUCCUGAACAUCUGAGCCUGAUAUCCUGAUCACCUAAACCUGACAUCCUGAAAAUCUGAGCCUGGCAUCCUGAUCACCUAAACCUGACAUCCUGAAAAUCUGAGCCUGGCAUCCUGAACACCUAAACCUGACAUUCUGAACACCUGAGCCUGGCAUCCUGAACAUCUGAGCCUGGCAUCCUGAACACCUAAACCUGGCAUCCUGAACACCUAAACCUGAUAUCCUAAUCACCUAAGCCUGGCAUCCUGAAAAUCUGGGCCUGGCAUCCUGAACACCUGAACCUGAUAUCCUGAACACCUGAGCCUGGCAUCCUGAACACCUGAGCCUGGCAUCCUGAGCACCUAAACCUGACAUCCUGAUCAACUAAACCUGACAUCCUGAGCACCUAAACCUGGCAUCCUGAGCACCUAAACCUGACAUCCUGAUCAACUAAACCUGACAUCCUGAACACCUAAACUUGGCAUCCUGAACACCUGAGCCUGGCAUCCUGAACACCUGAGCCUGGCAUCCUGAACACAUAAACCUGGCAUCCUGAACAUCUGAGCCUGACAUCCUGAACACCCAAACCUGGCAUCCUGAACACCCAAACCUGACCUCCUGAACACCCAGCUGAUCUCAGAGGUAGAAGGGGAUCCUACAGCCCCCCACAGCUACCACAGCAACCCUCUGGGACCUCUUGGGAUCGUAAUCCUGGGAAUAAAAACAACAGCAAAUUCAGUAGGACUCUGGACUCUACACCAAAAUAAAAACUACUGCCAAACUUCCAGCUGAUCUCAUUUGGGACUGAGGCUGGGACACUGCUGGAAAAGCAUCAGCAAACUGUGCUGAGCAGCUUCUGGAGGAGCAGAAGAGAUUUUUCCUUGCUGGCCCCACCAUGAUCUCUGGUUGAGGGCUCCUGGCCACGAGUGGAAGAGCAGAAAAACCUUUGCAAGUUCCUGCCCAGGUCUGCCAGACCAAAACCAAAGAAACCUUUUGGAUCAGAGCGAUGUCUGGCCAGGAGCCUGAGGAGUUUGGAGCAGAAAUUGUGUCAGGAAAGUCUGGGAUGGUGGCCGGGCUGCCCCCCUAUGACAUGGAGCAGCAGCUGCUGCCCCGGGAGCCCCGCAGCCCCUGCUGCUGCCUGGCCUGGAGCCUGCUGGUAACAGCCAUCAACUGCCUCCUCUUCCUCCUCCAUCUGCUCCUCAUGCUGCUCAUUUUCACCCUUGUGCUGCUUCCCACCAUCGUGGUGGUUUAUUUUGGCUUCCAGUGCCACUCCCAGGUGCUGCACUCCUCCGCCCGCUACUGCAGGAGCAUCUUGGACGACAACAGCUCCUCUGCCCUCAUCAUCCUGGGCUUUGUCAUCAUGUCCCCGCUGCUGGUGGUGGCCAUGGCCAUCUACUGCAGCCUGGCCCGGCGCCUGCAGCUGCUGCUCUGCUUCCAGCCCCUCAGCCUGGCCCUCUACAAGGGGGGACACUGCUGCCCCCCCAGAGCUGCCCUGUGCUGUGCCAGGGGCUGCAGCCCCCAGCUCAGGGCCUGGGUGUGACCCUGCAGCAGCAGCAGCGUCCCCUCCCCGUGCCCCAUCCUCCUCUGAUUGAUCCCUGCUGGAAAUGAGAAACACAAGUCUGGAUAUUCAGCAAGGUUAAAAUUGGUUUAUUUUAUAUAGACAGAGCAAGCUGGGGAAACGUGAGAGGCACAGCCUGGACUUGGUCUGCAGCUCCUUUUUAUAGUCUGGUUUUCCUUGCAAUAAUCAAUAAUUGUUAUUGUUUUAUUGUCAUAAUUCUGCAAGGUGAGCAGUGGUGGUCAAAGAAACUUCCAAACUUCCCUGGGAAAGCUCUUGGGACAAUGGGUCAUGGAACCAUCUGGCCUUGGGAGAUGAAGAACAGAAGUGGGAAGUCUGGUCUUGACAGAUAGGUUGCAUUUGAUCACACAAAGCAGGAAAUCUGAUUUUGCAGAAACCUUUCAGGCUGUGGAAAAGCUUUUUACAAACUGGUACACACAAUAUUCAUAACAGGGGGAUUUAAACAGAGUGGGUUUAGUCAUAUAUUUCUCUUUAUCUAUGUCCAUGGGUGUUUUUUUUUCCUAAGUAUUCUGGUUUAUACAAACUCCAAAACUUCUAUGAUUAACAUGAAUCUUUUAUCAGUUAUCACAUCCCCAAAAAAAAACUGCAACAGAGUGAAAAUGCAGGUAUGGGGAGGGCAGGGCAGGUCCAUCCUUCCAAAUCCUCUCUGGUGGUGUUUGCUGGUGUUGUUCCUGUCUGAGUGCUGCUGUCCCCUUUGUCCCCAUUCCCACUUUUCUGUAGAAAUAAAGUUUGUGCCCAAUCCCCC